AUGGGGUCCAAACGGCACCCCGAGACAAAGCCUCCUCCAGGCGCCCCCCUGGGGGCAACCCCAGCCCCCACAGAGCCUGGGGUGGCCCUGCCCUGCCCACCUGUCAGCACCUUUGACUAUGCCUUCAAGUUAUGGUUGGGCCUUGACCGGAUGAUGGGUCCCCUCCCACACCUCUUUGUCCCCUACCCCAGGGCUGGGAAAGUGGCAUCUGGGGGAAAGUUGAAGCCCCUUCUCCAUGUGCCUUCAUCCAAAUUGGGCAUCACUUGCUCAGGAACAGGUGACAGCCCACAACUCAGCCAUGCCUUCCUCCUCAUCCUCAUGCUACAAGGCAUUGGCAUCCCCGACUCCACUCCGCUCUGUCGCGGGGUCAUCACAAGAUCUGCCAUGACAUCUGGUUUACACCAAGUACUUUUACGCCUGCUUGUUCUGUUCCUGCUGAGCUCCACUCCCGCUUCUGGGGACGAUACCAUGGUGGUCACUAGCAGCGGCCCAGUCCAAGGCAGGCACCUCACAACAUCGUCUGGCAUGGUGACAGCUUUCCUGGGCAUCCCUUAUGCUGAACCUCCUGAGGGGACCCUGCGUUUUCAGAAGCCCCGUCCUCACCAGCCUUGGAGCCACAUCUUACAGGCUACCAGCUUUGGCCAUUCCUGCUACCAGCAGAGUCUAGACCCUUCCAGCGACGAGCUAUAUUCCGAAUCAGAGUCUACCUUACCACUUUCUGAAGACUGCCUUUUCCUCAACAUCUGGGUGCCUCAUCCCCGGCCUUCUGCCCCAGCCUCCGUUCUUGUCUGGAUCCAUGGAGGUGGUUUUCUUAGUGGGAGCGGUUCCCUUGACAGAAGCUACUUGGCUGCAACUGAGAACAUCAUUGUGGCUUCCAUGAACUACCGUUUAAGUGCUUUGGGUUUUCUCUCACUUCCCCCAGAAGCUCCGGGAAACAUCGGCUUGUGGGACCAACAUCUGGCAUUGAGCUGGUUGAAGGAGAACAUGGCUGCCUUUGGUGGAGAUCCAACUCGGAUAACCCUAGGUGGACAAAGCGCGGGGGCUGCAUCUGUUGGUUUCCAUCUUCUCUCCCCAGUGAGCCAGGAUUUAUUUGCUCAGGCCACUUUACAAAGCGGAGCCUCCAUUUCCCCCUGGGCUUGGGUGAACCCCAAGGAGACCCAGGUGAGAGGGAAGACCCUGGGCCAGUUACUUGGCUGCAGUGGAAACAGCAACAGAAUCAUUGUGAGCUGCCUGCAGAGAAAAAAACCCGGAGAAAUUAUGCAAAAAUUGCCGAUCUUAAGACAGAAGGUUUUGUUAGAUACUGUCUUUGUGCCAACGACAGAUGGAGAAUUCCUUCCAGGUGCCCCUCGGAAACUCUUGGAGGCUGAGCAUUUCCCAGCUAAACCCUUGUCCUGACGGGCUUCAAUUUCCACGGAGGGUUCCCUGUUCCUCUCAGCGGGCGCUCCUGGUUUUAGCCUCUACAAUGACAGUCUGAUCAACCGUCAACAACUACUGGAGGGUCUCCAUCUCUUGCUUCCAGAUGCUUCUGAUAGCACAGUUGAGAUGAUUGACAUCAUCUACAGUCGGGGAGAGCAAGGGGGGGAGAGGUAUGCGAGUAUCAGAAAUGCUUUGGUUAGAGCUUCAGGGGACUAUCUGUUCUUGUGCCCAGUGGCUAUGGUGGCCAACGUAAUGAUAGAAACUGGAAGCCCCGUUUUUGCAUAUUCUUUCAGCCACCGCCCUUCUUUCAUCUCCGCUGUACCCGAUUGGAUCGGGGUACCCCACUGUGCUGAGCUGCCUUAUCUUUUUGGUGACCCACUGUCUGGGGCAGGUGUCAACAUCACAUACCCACCAGCUGAGUUGGAACUGAGCCAAAGGGUUAUGCGGUAUUGGGGAGAGUUUGUCAAGACUGGGUUUCCUGAUGGGGAACAAGGAAGGAAUUGGCCUGUUUAUACAGGGGAAAGUUUCUUCCAGAUAAGCACACGUCCCACUCAGGAUGAGGAGAUACCAGCUGGUUAUUGCAUCUUCUGGGAGCUGUUGGCCACUGGGGAUCCUAGAAUUAAGCUGGAAGCGAUCAAUUCUAAUUCCACCCAUCCCACUUCCAGAGGCAACCGCAGCCGGGCCUGCCUGCAGUGUGAGCUGAAGGACUCCUUCAUGUUUGCACCCAUUUCCAUUAGAGUCCCCUGA